CCCUUACACAUGAUAACUAUAUUGCACAGGGAAGCAAUUUCCGUUAGAGAGACGCUUUAAUUUUGUCAUAUGACUUGAGUCACAUGAUCUCCCGACAGAUAAAACUCACCUCGUCUGUGAUUGGAGUUGUCCUCUGCCAGGGUUCACUGUGAUUGGUUCAGAUUGGGUGUGUUUGUGCUGCAGUUAGCUAUUUAAUUAGUGUGUUUGCAGCCUGAUAUCGCAGAGUCAUGUGUUUCUUAGUCUGAGUGUACUCUGACUGCCUGCUGCACCCUCUGUUUAUCUGUCCUCAUAGUGGAGACCAUGCGUUGGUACUUUGCAGCUGUUCUUCUGUGGACACUCACAGGUAAGAGAAAAUGUUGGACCAGCUAGCAGCAUGCUAAGUACGUGUGCAGACUGUCAUAACAGGCGUUUCGCAAUGAUGUUUUUCUAUUUAUUUUGAGUUGAUGAAAUAUUCUCCUGGAUUAAGUGCUCUCCAGCAGCUGUAAAUACGUCUUUCCCUUCGCAGUACAUAGUAUUAAAGUGAAAAAGUUGUCUGUGUACUCGCUAACAUGCUGGGAGGACAAAGAAACUGUAACGCCAAACUUCAGGCACCAAACUGCUAAUUUAGGGUCAACUGUCUCCUCAGGGUAUAUACAUGUAGUUUGAGUGUUUUUAAGACCCCAGACGUAUGUGUCGUAUGUAUUUUUAUAAUUCGGUGUAUUCUACUUAAGUUUAGUUUCAUACUGACUAAAAAAACAUUUUGUAUUUGUGGUUGAACUGGUGCAAACAGAGCACAAUGUGAGGGUUUGAGAGUUUAUUAAUACCUCAGUAGAGUUGAGCUCUAUUAUGUGAGUUGUUCAUAAUAUUUUGCCUUGGAAAUAUUUAGUCAAAGCCCCAGGUCUUUGUCUAUCGUUGAUGUAUUGAUAAUAAAUGGGUCAAAACACCAUUUUCCACAUAUUUGUCUUGAUAAUGAAUUAUUUACACAGGCACAGUUUUCACCAUAACUGUGCAGCUGUGUUCAUUGAGCUUGUCCUUGACAAGGUCUGCAGUAGAAAUGUAUGUUUUCAGUGAAACGCCAUCCAACUCAUCUAAUGUUUGUUUUAGCUUCAGAGGUCAAAGCUGUCCCCACUCUUCCAAAUUUUGGGAACAGCUAUCAUGUAAAAGGUAAGCACUGCAACAUCAGAUCACACAGUAUUGCCUGUUUUAAUCUGAUAAUAACUAUUCUCAUCAUGGUGCUUUUACAGGAGUGAUUUCUCUGCCUUAUGCUGAGAUCAAGGAGCCAUUUGAGGCCUGGUUUGACCUGGCAGCAAAGUCCAGCCGCAUAGACUACUACCAUGGUAAGAGUCUACUUGACCUGUGACUGAUUCGCCUAAACCUGACUCUUUUUCUUUCCUGUUGGUGGUUUAGUGAUGUGAAACGGAGAACCUGUUGUUUCAGGCUGGUGGAAUAAGAGCAGGACUUCAGAACUGAGUUCAUAAACCAAGAAGUGAAAAAGGAUGCAUAAGCACUUUUAGGAAACCUAUUCUGUUGACUCAUGCCUUAGGCUCAUGUGACUUCAAAUCUGUGCUGUCUUGUUUGAGGUGAUUAUGCAAGGUUGUUUUUCUUAUUUUUGGCAUUUUCUAUAAUCCUGUGGUUAGGUGACAAAAUUAAAAACUUUCCAUGCCAGUUUCAGUGAACAUGUACUUUCAUGUUCAAAUUACCAAACCGUGUGAAUGACAGUGUUGCACCAGCCACAGUAAUAUGCAAAUUUUUGAUAAUUCAAAGUCAUACAGUUACACGGGUUCUUGAUUUGAAAAAGCCAAAGUAAAACCAAAAUGGGUGAACCAGUCUGUCUAAAGUUAAAAAGAGGACUUUCUCUAGCAUGCAGAGAAUAUAACUAAAUGUGUUAUGAUCCCCAAAUUUUUAACAGUGAAAAUUUUAUUUAUUCUAUUUCCAUCAUAUCCAACAAAAAAGACUCGUGUGUCAUUAGGAUUUGGUUUAGAGAGAGACUGUCUGAACCAUGAAAUAAAGUGGUGCUGCAAGGGUUUCAGUCAUACUGAGUGUCUAACAAAUUAAAGCUGUUGCCGUAAUUAUAGUUACUUUUUGCUAUAUUUAAUUUGACAGUACAAAUAAUGUCUCGAUCGAACAUCUUUGUCGAUCAUCAACAGGUCAGGUGUCGACAUACCAGCUGGGGGCAGAGCAGCCAUGGGGUAUUUCAUAUAAAAUCACUCCUGAGACCACAGAGGACGAGCUGAAUGUAAUGAAGUGUUUCCAGGUCAACGGGACAAAGGAAGAGGCUGUCACAUCGCAGGCGUCGCUGCCUGAUGUGCAGGGCUUCCAGGUAUGCGUGUGGGGAAAGAAAUACUCUUUUUACAGUUUGAACUUUCUAACACAGUUAAUAGACUAGAUUGUCUUAUUCUGUUCAUAUCUCCAUAAACACACUUGUGGACAACCAGAAAAAUGACUUCAAGAGAUGAACUCCAUAUUUCUAUACAAAUUGCCAUGUGAGAAGUGCACACUGAUGCUGAGAGUAAACUGCUCACCUGCAUAUGAAUUUUAACCAUCAUAACACCUUGUGUAACCCUCUCUUAUAUUUCAUAUUAUGUAGUGAAUCGUAAAAGGGCUGAAGGUCUCGGAGCGAGGUGAUUACAGAAGUUAUUUAAAUUCAUCAUCGAGUUGACUGUUCUCUUUUUAUUGCAGAGCACUUAUAUAAAAGCCCAUGAAAAUUCUCAAUGUUAUGACUCAAAUGUAAAUCAGAAGAUUGAAUCAUUUUUCUCUAAAGUAGACCAUUUGUUUAUCCACAGCACACUUUCCAAACUGAAUGGGGUACUAAAAAUUUCAGCCCUGUACUUUUUGAAAAUGGCACAGAGAUAACUUGUUCAGGGUUGACAUAUAAAAAUAGCUUCACAACGAAACACCUGUUUUGAAUUCGAUAACAGCAAAUCCUUUCAGAAAAAGUGAAAUGGGGUCAUAUUUACCUGUCUGUUGCACAACCUCUUCUUUUGACAACACUCUGUAGGCAUUUGCUUCUUUUUUUUUUUUUUUUUUUUUGUUCAUCUUGUUAACAGUUUGUCUCCUGUCCUUUUUAAAAAAAAUAUUAUUAUAUUUAUUUUUCAUAAUGUGAACAAACUGGGUGGCAAGUUUAAGACCGCACUAUAGGCCUAUGUAGCACCAGCACUCACUCACUGUGAGGCAAUAUGGUUGUAGAACUGGGCAAGGCAUUGUUCUGAAUCAAGCUAGUCAUGCCUGUUUUGCAGUAGAUUACGCACCGAAACCUGUGGUUUUAUCGUUAAGGGUGCCACCAGAAAUUUGGUGAUCCCUCAUGCUAUUGGCACAUUUCUUGAUCUGGCUUUUCACCAGAUUCUCUUCAGGUUCACACAGCAAAACAGUGUUCUCAAAUUGUUGUACUGUUGUAUUUUUUUUUUUUUUUUAAUUACAUUUUACAGUGUCCCAAUCUUUCUUUUUUGUUUUUGGAAAUGGAGUUGUAAAUACUUUAUCACAUGUCCAGGGUUCCUACACAAGUAUAGAAAGUAUGGGAAUAAAUUUGAUCAAUUUCCAGGUCUUAAAAAGUAUGGAAAAUAAAGUAUGGAAAAAUAUUUGUUUCCAGACUAUUAGCACAGUUCAAAAAUACUGUUUUCUAAAAUAGAAAAUUCUGUAUUUUCAAAAAUAAUUCUAAAAAAUAGGGUAUGGAAAUUCCAAAUGUGUAGGAACCCUGAAUCCAACCACAAAUUGUUAAUGUUGGUAAAAAAUUUAAUAACAUGACCGACUGAAUGUCAAUGUCCAAAUGUGUUUCCCCCUGUAGUUCCUGAGGAUGGAGUACUACGGGGGCUCCCUGUGUGAAGUUUGGCAGAAUGUGACCAGUGUAGGUAACAAGAAGAACACAUACACUCUGUGGGUGACUCACUCAGAGAAAGGUGCUGAUGGAAAGGAAGACCCCACCACACCGCUCCAUUAUGAGAUGAUGGGAUACAACACGCUACUUGGCUCCCAUUAUGACAAAUACUUGGUGGACUACAAAGAGUUCAACACCCACGUGGACCCCAAAGUGUUUUCGUUGCCAGAAGGUCUGUUCUCUGUCGUGGCUGAUACAGAUAUUUAUGAGAAAUUUACAAGAAUAAAACACCUUCUUUACCUUGACCAUUUUUCUUCUGUCAGGAAUGACCUGUGGGGGAUUUCCUGGUCCAGGAGUGGAGCACCACAUGCUGGCCAAUCCUAUGAAAGAUCUAAUCCACACAACAGCGCCAGGUCACCCACAGCGCAUAUUUAACCAGUUUAAGGACAAGUUCCAGCGUCAGUAUAGUGAUGAAACAGAGCAUGAAAAAAGGGAGCACGCUUUUCUUCAUAAUCUCAGGUGAGAGAGUUAUUUAUGUCACUGCAGCACCUACAUGACGAUCCUUUCUCAGAGGUCAUUAUCUUGCAGAUGUUAUUGGUAAAAUUUUGAGCGAAGAGUGUCUGAUGCCCUGAUUUAAUUGUUUUUGUAUUUUAGGUACGUCCACUCCAAAAACCGAGAAGGACUAUCCUUCUCUGUGGUUCUCAACUCUCUAGCUGAUCGUACCAUAGAUGAACUGGCCAUCAUGAGGGGAAGGAUACGAGGAAAGACCCCAAACAAGGGGGAGCCUUUCCCCACAAAGAUUUACGAAGGGGUGACGGUCCCCGACUCUCUUGAUUGGAGGCUUUAUGGUUAGUGUGUGCAGUUUGAAAUGAUUUCAAAGAUGCAUUAUCCUCUAUCUUUAUUUCACUAACUUUGCUUUUGUAGGUGCUGUGACCCCAGUGAAGGACCAGGCUAUCUGCGGCUCCUGCUGGAGCUUUGCCACCACUGGAGCAGUAGAGGGCGCUCUCUUCCUGAAGGUAAAAAUAAAACAAAAAUGCUGCAUGCAUAAAAGUCACUGGUCUUAUUCCAGUGUUUGCACUCACCAGAUUACUUUCUUAUGCUCUUUAAAGCCAGGGAAUUCAAUAUGGCAGGUCAUGUGUCCAUGAUCUGGUUACUUUGCGCUACUUUCAUGUGUGGUAUUGAUCUAUCAUGAGCAUCUUCCUUAAUAUUUCUUCAGACAAUACCAUGUCACCUAAAAUAACCCUGCACAGGAGAGCAUUGUCAUCACAGAAAGCAUUAAAAAGAGGGUUAGAGUUGAGGUAAAGUAAGAAAUAGUCAACAUGCCUGAAAAAAGGCAACAGAAAGAAACAUAUUUAGAGACGAUUUAAUCAAACAAAACAUACAAAAAGUUCCCUGUAUUAAAUGCAUACUUGAUAAAAUAAAGCUUUUUGUGGGUUUAGAGGAUGUUUGUUAGUGAAAAGUAUUGCGUAUUAUUUCUACAAUCUUGAUAAAACCGGAUAGUUCAAGUUUCCAUUCCCUUAGUUGAGUUAAACUCUCACAACUCUGCAUCUGAUAACCUUAUUUUAAGGUUCAGUCCAUUUGUCUCCCCGAGAGUGAAUAGUAGUCCUCCCUCUAGAAAGAGGGCGGGUCCACUCUGCAACAGGGUUCAUUGUGUCUCUAUAACUCGCGUUAGACAGACCUGACAGAGUGUGAGUGUGUCAGAAUAGUGCCAGUGAAUGACUGUCAGCUUUCGCCUCCCUCCGUCACCAGCAAGGCAAAGCUCAAAAGCAUUCCUGUACCUCUGUUGCUGAGCAACUUGAUCCAAACACAGGAUGGUUUAUUAUGGGAUUUAAUGCAACCCCACUGAAGUGACCAACUACUUUGAUUCACACAAUCUCCAGACUCACGAAACACGUAGGAUUCAAUCAGCGUUCCCGUUGGUGUGUGAGGACGCAGAACUGCCAGGCUGUCACACUGUCAGGAGUAGGCUCUGUGAUGUGGACUGUAAACUAAGUAAGGCUCUUCUGUGAGUUUGAAUAAUCUGCAGACCCUCCUACUCCUUGCAAAUAGAUCACAGCAAAUUCUGGGAUGAAUAAAAUGUGUUUGCCUUGUCUCUAAAAUCUGUAGAUAAAUCAGAAAGUGAUCAACAACCUGGUCUGUUGUUUAAGUCUGCUGCUGAAUUUUGCAUUUUUUUAAGAGAUUUUUUUUCUUUUUGUUAAUUUUGAUUCUUUUUAGUCAAACUUUUGCAUUUAACUUAUAUAAGUUUAAGCUUUCCCAGAUCGAUUUGAUUUGUUGACAUGGUCAAACGGUGUUGUGCAUCAAACAUACAUACUAUAGAUGUGACUAACUUUUUUUAAAUGACCAUGUAACAUUACGUCAACAAUUUAUAUCCGUUUUAGGCUCAUUGUGCAAAAAAUAAAUCCCCACUUCACUUCUUUGAGGAUUUAAUACUUUUAAUACUUUAAUACGUAUUAGAUUGUCCAGAUAAUUUACUGAAACGUUUGAUACUGAGAGCUUUUUAUUUGACUGAUGACUGAAUUAAACUGACCGUGGGCGUGCUCACAAAAGGUUAUUGCCUGGAUUGCAUAAAACCGCCUGUUUUGACUUGGAACUUCAUGCACAGAAGCAGCGAAUAAAGACAAGAGUAUUUGAUAGUAAUCUUGUUAUUAUUUUGCUGUCUUUUUAUAGCGCUGGGGAAAUAAGUUGAGAUAGAAAACUACAAAUGUAGAUAAAGAUUAGUACGUUUUAAUCUGUACAGAAAUAGAAAGGGAGGGACACUUGAUGUUGAUACUCAAAAUAUUCAAUACCAAUAAAUAAAAGGAUAAGUAAAUAACCUUUAACAUCGGUGUAUAAAUGUAGUGUGAAGGGGUGCAUGUGGCAUGUAAUGGAAAAGUCUGCUACAACACUCAAUAAAGAAUGUAUCCCAUUCGCACAUUCAUGUCUUGCCUAAGACACUGUGACGUGUGAAAAGUGGGAUCUGAACCCCAGAAUUUUGAAGUAAAAGAGCCCUUCAAUGUCAUUAAGAAGCAAGUGUGUGGAAGCUUAUCGUACAGUGACGGGUUAGCUAUUCUAAACUAAUUAUAAUAAAUUAAACUGUUGACUUUUAGAUGCUUGAGUUUCUUCCCCCUUUUUGAUAACAAAACAUCCAUUUAAAUUAACCAAACCAGCCGAUUUAUUUUUCCGUUAAAGUAGAGUCGUGAAGAUUUGAAUUGUUUUGUUAGCCCUAACGAGUCCCUAGAGAAGGGUUUGUAUAUGAACCUCUCUGUGGAUUAACUCUCCUAUCCAGAUAAUGUAACUCAUGAUUUCUGUGUUUGCUUGUGUAGUCUGAUUUGGCGAGAACAAAGCACUGUUUGAGAGGCCCCAGCAGUUCUUCUUUGUGCCUUUGCCAGCAUAAAGGCACAACAGCAGGAAGUGACCUGCUAUGAGGCCGUGCCGUCACCACAGGCAGUUUCAUAAACAAAGCCAGACCCCAGGGGUUCGGUUUUUAAUUUGCUUCUUCCUGAUCUUACAGCAUCUUCCAAGCGAUAUGCUAAUAACAGCGGGCAUGAAACCACAUCAUUAAAUAUGUUACUAUUCGUGAGUCUCUUUUUCUGUCUCCUCUGUAGCCCCUGUGUUUUCUUGUUCAGUUGUAUCUGUUUGUCUAUGUGCAAGUUUUUUAACAGUUUUGUACCCUCUGUAACGUCUUUCUGUGACUGUUCAAUACAAAGCACCGCAGGGACCUCAUACCCCUGUGUCAGGUGUGAUGAUUUUCUUCAUCUUGUCUUUCAGACUGGUUCCCUGCAGGUCCUGUCUCAGCAGAUGCUGGUGGACUGUUCCUGGGGUUUUGGCAAUAAUGGCUGUGAUGGAGGAGAGGAGUGGAGGGCAUACGAGUGGAUCAAGAAACACGGAGGCAUUGCUACAACUGAAAGUUAUGGAGCCUAUAUGGGAAUGGUGAGAUGAUUUCAACACUGUGGUCCAUCUCUUGAAGUGUUUGAAAAAAAGGUGGAUGAUUGUUCUUCAAAUAUUUUGACUUCAGAUUCCUUUGCUUUAGAAUUACCUGCCAAAAAAUGAACCUCCUUUGACAUCUGAAGUAAAGCUGAAAAGCCCAUAGGACAUUUUUUCAGCAUACUAUGAGUUACAAGUUGGAUGAAACGUAAAUCCAUACAUAUGUCUAUUACUUAGUCGAGGGAAAUUUGGUAAAAAGGUACUUUUAAGGAGCAUGCAUCCUCUAAUAUUAAAGGAUGGAACUCACAGCCAUCGUGGAUUACAAAUAUUUUGAAGUCAUUUAGCAGACGCUUUUAUCCAAAGCAACGUACAUGUGAAUCAUACACCAGCAGAGGACAUACACUGGGAGCAAGGUCGGUUAAGUGUCUUGCUAAAGGACAGACUAGGGAAAGGGGGAAUCGAACCACCAAUUCUCCAGUUGUUGGACGACCGCUCUACAUCCUAAGCUGCUGCAAUUGCACAGUUGAGGGAGAGCAUACUUUCGUUCAAUAUCACUACUAAGACCUUAGUUGCCAAGUAAGAAUAAACUAAGAUGAUAAACUACAACUUUCUUUUCUAUUUUUUAAGCGGAGACAUGCUGCAUGAUGUGGGAACAGCAGAUUUUCUGUUACUUUCCCACUGUGUGCUUGUCGUCAUUUUUCUCUUUCUCUCCUUUAUCACAGAAUGGAUUUUGCAACCUGAAUUCAUCCCAGCUUGUUGCAAAUAUCAAGAGCUACACUAACGUCACAUCAGGAGAUGAAGACGCCCUUAAAAUGGCGCUUUUUAAAAACGGGCCAGUGGCGGUCAGCAUUGAUGCUUCACAUCGAUCCUUUGUUUUCUACAGUCAUGGUGUCUACUACGAGCCAAAAUGUGGUAGGUUUUUAUUCUCACGUUGCUCAAGCCUUUUAUUAUGGCAAUCAUUUUCUCUCUCUCAAACUCUUCACCAUUUUUGUGUCUUCCAGGUAAUAAGCCCGAUAACCUGGACCAUGCUGUGCUUGCAGUGGGAUAUGGCACACUGAAUGGGGAGCCAUACUGGUUGAUUAAGAACUCUUGGUCUACUUACUGGGGCAACGAUGGCUAUAUCCUUAUGUCUACGAAAGACAACAACUGUGGUGUCACAACCGAUGCAACAUAUGUCACACUGGCAUAGAUCUGCACAUUUCAUAAAUCGGUCCUUAUACCACUAUUUCAGUGCCUAAAAGAAAAAAGAGUGACCCUCAAUUUUGGAUGUUUUCUAGAUAAAGGCGUUUUAUUGACAUUUUUGUGGGUGAAAUGUUAAAUGUUUUGUGUCAAGUGUGAAAUCAAAUGCUACACAGCUCGCACAGGAAAUCUGUUAUCUCAGUAAUGAGUUUGAUGUUUUUAUUGCAAGGGGCACAGGGUGCACUUUCAUUUCAAGGACACAAAGUUCACUCUGUAACACAUUUACACUUGGUCUUUUUAAUUUGUCGAGACUAAAUGCACUGGGCUGGAAUCACUGCAGUAUUAAACUGUUUUCUUGACAUGACCAUGA